AUGGGAGGAAGCUGGUGCCACAGGGAGAGAUUGUCCCUCUACCUUGUUCUUGGUCUUCUACUUCCAGGAUGGGGCAGUACUUUCACCAUCAAAUGUACAAAGUUUGGCCAGCAUGGGGCGUAUCCCACUCUUCUAGAUUCAGUGUUUGACAGGAAGGCCUUCCGUCCGACUGCCAACUUCAGCAUCCCCACCCUAAUCAACAUCUCCUUCACUUUGUCUGCCAUCCUAGGUGUGAAUGAACAGCUGCAGCUCCUGUCAUCAUUCCUGUGGCUGGAAAUGGUCUGGGACAACCCAUUUAUCCGAUGGAACCCAGAGGAGUGUGCAAACAUCACGAAGAUCAGUGUGGGAACCGAGAACCUCUGGCUCCCGAACAUUUUCAUCACUGAGUUCAUGGAUGUGGACAAGACCCCAAAAGGCCUCAAAGCAUACAUAAGUAAUGAAGGUCGCAUCACUUAUAAGAAACCCAUGAAGGUUGUCAGUAUCUGUAACCUGGACAUAUUUUACUUCCCCUUUGACCAGCAGAACUGCACGCUCACCUUCAGCUCAUUACUCCACACAGUGGAUUACAUGUUGCUGGGCAUGGAGAAAGAAGUGUGGGAAAUGGCACAAACGUCCCGGGACAUUGUACAGACCCGCGGAGAAUGGGAGCUCCUGGGCAUCUACAAGGCCACCUCAAAGAUGUCUGUGGGCACCAGCCAGUAUGAUCAGAUCUUGUUCUACGUGGCCAUCAGGCGCAGGCCCAGCCUCUAUGUCAUAAACCUCCUGGUGCCCAGUGGCUUUCUGGUUGCCAUUGAUGCCCUCAGCUUCUACAUACCGGCAGAAAACGAGAGUCGAGCCCCAUUCAAGAUGACCCUCCUGCUGGGCUACAAUGUCUUCUUGCUCAUGAUGAAUGACUUACUCCCUACCAGUGGCACCCCCCUCAUCAGUGUCUACUUUGCCCUGUGUCUGUCCCUGAUGGUGGUCAGCCUGCUGGAGACCGUCUUCAUCACCCACCUGCUGCACCUGGCCACCACCCAGCCCCCACCCAUGCCUUGGUGGCUUCAUUCCCUGCUUCUACACUGCACCAGCCUAAGGAAAUGCUGCCCUACUGCACCCCAGAAGAGAAACAAGGACCUGGGCCUCACCCUUGCCCACCUGUCUGCUGUGAAGGAGCCGGUGGAGUUGGCGGGGAAGGUGCCAGGUCCCAGAAAGGCAGAGUUAAAUGAGUUCCCUGGGUCAACAAGGGCCCGGCAGGAAGAUGGGGCUCAGAAGCAGCACUUGGUCAGCCUGUGGGUGCAGUUCAGCCACUCGAUAGAUACCCUGCUCUUCCGCCUCUACCUGCUCUUCCUGGCCGUCUCUGUUGUCACGGUCGUCAUCCUCUGGAACACCUAG